UGCGACUUCAGAAAGUUCCGUCUGUCAAAUGUGUUGCUAGCAUAAAGGAAAGAGAAGCUCACGUUUCAAUGGUUAUACUUUGAGUCUGGUGUUAACACACAAUUUUAUGCGCUGAAGAUGACACAGUCUAUCGUGGUGCAAGUUGGCCAGUGUGGUAACCAGGUUGGAUGUAGAUUUUGGGACCUUGCCUUAAGGGAGCAUUCAAGUAUUAAUAAAAAAGGAAUCUAUGAUGAUGCUUUAAGCAGUUUUUUCAGGAAUGUCGAUACAAGGGCUGGUGAUGAAGACUGCAGUGGUUUGUCUGGAAAGAAAAUUCAAUCUCUCAAAGCCAGAGCAGUUCUCAUUGACAUGGAAGAAGGUGUGGUGAAUGAAAUGCUUAAAGGACCCCUAGGUGAAUUAUUUGAUAGUAAGCAGUUCAUUACAGAUGUAUCCGGCUCAGGAAACAACUGGGCUGUUGGGCAUAAAGUAUAUGGGUCUACAUACAGAGAGCAGAUUGUUGAGUGCUUAAGAAAAGCUGCAGAACAGUGUGACUGCUUGCAGUGUUUCUUUCUCAUACAUUCAAUGGGAGGAGGUACAGGUUCUGGUUUGGGCACUUUGGUGUUAAACAUUCUGAAAGAUGAGUUUCCUGAAGUAUAUAGGAUUGUUACUUCAGUUUAUCCGUCAGCAGAAGAUGAUGUUAUUACAUCACCCUAUAAUAGUGUUCUUGCUAUGAGAGAGUUGACAGAACAUGCAGAUUGUGUCCUACCAAUUGAAAAUCAAGCAUUAGUUGAUAUUGCCAACAAAAUAAAGCUCAUGUCCCAUUCUGGAAAGGUUGGAGCAAUAAAACAAGAGACAGCAAUAAUUUCUGGACAGGGUGGUGUUAGUGUGCAGGAAAAACCUUUUGAUGCAAUGAAUAACAUAGUUGCUAAUUUACUGCUCAGUUUAACAAGUUCUGCCAGAUUUGAAGGUUCAUUAAAUAUGGAUCUUAAUGAAAUUACUAUGAAUCUUGUCCCAUUUCCAAGGCUUCACUAUCUGGUAUCCAGUUUAACUCCCUUAUACACACUGGCCGAUGUUAAUAUUCCUUCUAGGAGGCUGGAUCAAAUGUUUUCUGAUGCCUUUAGCAAAGAUCACCAGCUAAUUCAUGCUAACCCAAAGCAUGGCUUGUAUUUGGCCUGUGCACUUAUGGUACGAGGAAAUGUUCAGGUCUCAGAUCUCAGAAGGAAUAUUGAAAGACUCAAGCCUUCUCUGUCAUUUGUUUCAUGGAAUCAAGAAGGAUGGAAAACUGGACUGUGUUCCAUUCCACCUGUUGGACAUUCACAUUCUUUGCUUGCCUUAGCAAACAAUACAUGUGUCAAGCCCACCUUCAUGGAACUGAAAGAGAGAUUCAUGAAAUUGUACAAGAAAAAGGCACACCUACACCAUUACUUAGAUGUGGAUGGAAUGGAGCAAGAGUGUUUCACUGAAGCUGUCUCAUCACUAUCGUCCCUUAUACAGGAAUAUGAUCAAUUAGAUGCAACAAAGGGGUUAAUAAUGGAAGAUGCACCUAGACUUAAUAUAGCUGUAUAAGGCGAAAUGUAUGGGCAAUUGAUGAAGUAAAACAAACACUUGAUGUAAAUUCUUUUAAGGCAUUGGACCAUCACAAACCACCAGAACACCAGAAGUGUUGGAUUGUAUUAGAAGGAAGUGAAAAAGAGGAAGCGGCACUUUAAUCCAUAGUUGUAUUUUCCUAAUGACUUUUAUCCCAAAACUACCUUAACAAAUGGUUUGGCUGAAGAUUAAGCAUUUUUGUCAUAGAAGCCUCUGCUGAAUAUUUAUCAAUAACCAUCCCCAUUACAGAGUUAUUGUAGCUGCCCAUCAUUUUUGUACAUUGCUAUAAGGAUGGAAAGUUAAUUGGUUAAUUAAAUCAAUAACCACACCUGAUUUUAAAAGAGAUUCUAUUUUUCAUUAACCCAGUAUUGAAAGCGGUUUUGUAAACGUAAAUCAAAUCACUAUAACAUAAAUAACUAAAGUAUAAAGGUUGCAUGUUUCAUUAUUUCAGAUUUGAAUAUCAAAAUUUUACUUACAAGCAACACUGAUCUCAUUGUUAUCUGUGACCGAAAUGAUUAGGAUGUCAUUUUAAUAUCCUUCCAUUUUCUAAAAAUUGUUUUUAAUCAAGUGAACGAUAACAGAGAGGUGAAGUUUGUUCUCACAACUUCAGAUCGAACUUGAUAUUACAUGAAAAAAUGAUACAAGAAGAAAACUGAAUAAGUCUACAUUCCAAAAAAAGGUUGCCUCCCAGUGGUCAAAUGAUUGAUGUUGAACAUUUUAAAGCAUGUUAAAUGGCAUUUGCAAGGUCUGCAAGUACCUGUAAAUUGCAGUGAAUUUCCUUUUAAAUGGAAAAGAAAUAGCAUUUAAAUACAUCUUACUUGGGAUUAAGAAUUAUAAACUAGACAGUUUUUUUAGUGUUACAAAUGUAUAGCUUUUGAUAAACCAUGUGAAUCUGUCAGACAUGUCUAGGCCUUAUUCAAAAUUCUCUUAUGCAAGAUGUGCUUUGUUGUUUGUUAGUGCUAUUUUCUACAAAUAUUGUGUUGAGUAAGUGCAAAAUUUAGCAAAUAUGCAUUUGCAGCUGGAGCUGUUGAUGCAAAUGAUUGUCAGUUAGUCUUUAUUUCUUGUAGCACCUUUCACAGAGAUCAUCAUUAUAAAAGCACUUCGAAAAGGAUAUAUUAAUACAAUGUAACACAUAACAAAUAAUGGUUAAACAAUAGAACUAUUCACUGAUUUGUAUUCUGGUAUGAAAUCGUAUAGGGAAAAAUGAAUUGAGUGUAUAUUCUGGGGUAUAUACAGGAAAAAUUAUUUUAAAAUAAUUACGUAAAAGGAUAACAAUUUCAAGAUAAAAUUUCAACAUUUUAAGUGAAACAUAGGAAAAAAGUUUCAAAGGUCAGGUGCAACCUAUGGAAAUUUCCAUUUUUCAAUUUACAAUGGUACGAAAAGAUCAUCAUCAAGAGAUCUUGCCUGGCUUGUAUGUAUGUAUGUUGUAUUCUGCAGUGUAAGAAUUUUACAUGUUAGUAUUUGAAUGUGAUUUUUAUAUUAAAAAGGAAGCUAAUGGAAUUUCCUGAUUGAAAGGUAAUGGGAUUAUGUUUUACUCAAGACAGUGUCAUCAAUUAUUUGUACCUGAUGCAAUUCUAAAAAUCUGACUAAAGUAUUUUCAUAAAGAUUAUCUUUAGCUGCUGAAAAAAUGUUGAAUGAAUUUAUUAUUUUGGCACUCUGUUUAUUGAUAUUUAAAAUGCAAACAGGUAACCAGGAAAGUGAUAUUUUUGUAGUGCGUGUUUUUUUCAUUACUGCAGUAUAUUUGCUGUGAUACACCAAAACUUUUGUAAUGCUACAUGACCAAUGAACCAAAAUUUGAACGAGAUUUUUUUUUUUUUUUUUUGGAUUGUGGCCAUUUUUAUGUUGUUUGUUUAGAAGAGUGUGUGUAUUCUUGCUGUUAAAAGUGAUUACCUUAACAAUAUUGUUUGCUUAUUUUGCUUUGAUGUGUAUGCUUACAUUUUUACAUAAAAUAAAUUAUUUUUAUGUUAAAAUACAUUU